CUCUGGAAGUACCUGGCUUUAAAAAGAGUGAGCACCAACUUCGGAGCCAGAUGUUAGCUAGUGUUUUUAAAGCUACCUGGGCUUACGCAUUCGUAACAAAUUUAGUUUCAUUGUCAAUAGGUCCUGCUAUUCUUUUCCGGACUGGCUUUCGCUGGCUUUUCGUUCGUUCUGUUUUAAUCUACUAAAUGUGGGUGGGCGUUGACUGGUCCACAAUAAACUAUUUGCUACGUUAGCAAGCUAGGUAAAGUUAAGUUAAUUUAAGUUAACGUUAACGUGCAAAGUGUACGCAGUGUAUGCGUAUAUCGUUAAACAGCUGGUGUUAUUUAACUUACUAACUGGGGUUGGUGGCGAACGGUCAUUAGCAAAAACUUUUUGUAGAAAGUUUCUCAAACUUCAUAGCUGGCUGGCAAGGAAGUGUUAUAUUGUAACUUCAAUUAGCCCAGCUAUCUCGUUGUUUUUAUUUGCAAACUAGGUAGCUAGUUGGCUACUUAACUUGUAAUUGUAACCCCGAACGUACUUUGUUUCCAGUUGAAUUUCAGUACCCGGGCAUUAGAAAUGUAUAUUAUUACGGAGUUUUUGUUGGUGACACUGAAAGUGCUGUGGGCGUUUGUUCUGGCCGGAUUUAAAUGGUUCGUGCGACCUAAAGAGAAGAGUGUUGCGGGUCAGGUGUGUGUGAUCACUGGGGCUGGCAGUGGACUUGGGCGGUUGUUUGCCAAGGAGUUUGCGCGGCGAAGGGCUGUGCUUGUUCUGUGGGACAUCAACAAACAAAGCAACGAGGAGACCGCUGAGAUGGUGCGACAGAUCCAACGGGAGAUGACCAGCGCCGUGCAAAAAGACGGAUGUGCGCUUGGCACGCAGGAGCUGCCCGCGCUUGAGCCCCAGGUGUACACCUACGUGUGUGACGUGGGAAAGCGCGAAAGCGUUUACUCCACGGCAGAGAAGGUUCAGCGGGAGGUGGGCCACAUCGACCUGCUUAUCAACAACGCCGGAGUGGUGUCUGGCCACCACCUCCUGGAGUGUCCUGACGAGCUGAUUGAGAGGACCAUGAUGGUCAACUGCCACGCGCACUUCUGGACCACCAAGGCCUUCCUGCCCAAGAUGCUGGAGAUGAACCACGGGCACAUAGUGACGGUGGCCAGCUCCCUGGGGCUCUUCAGCACAGCAGGGGUGGAGGAUUACUGCGCCAGCAAGUUCGGGGCCAUCGGCUUCCACGAGUCCCUGAGCCACGAGCUGAAGGCUGCGGAGAAAGACGGGAUCAAAAUGACGCUGGUGUGCCCCUUUCUGGUGGAUACCGGCAUGUUCCAGGGCUGCAGGAUCAGGAAGGAGAUUACGCCGUUCCUGCCCCCCCUGAAGCCGGAGUACUGUGUGAGGCAGGCUGUGAGAGCCAUCCUGACCGACCAGCCCAUGAUCUGCACUCCCCGCCUCAUGUACAUGGUCAGCUUCAUGAAAACGAUUUUGCCGUUCGACGCCGUUGUGUGCAUGUACCGCUUCAUCGGUGCAGACAAGUGCAUGUACCCCUUCCUGGCACACAGGAAGCAGGUCACCAACAACAACCAGGACAAGACUGGGAUGCAGAUGGGUGCACCAUGACAAUGGAGAAAGACUACCUACCCACUCCCCAAUGGACAUUUUUACCAUAUUACUGUUCCAUUGGAAGCUAUGGACUUUCUAAAUUAUAUUUUAUGGUUGUUGCUUUUAAUUACAUUUUUAUAAAACAAACCAGCAUCUUCCUUGGAACUUGACAAUCGAUGAAGUAUGACAAUCACUGUUAAGUUGUUUUUAGCAGCUAGACUUUUCAAUUAAUGUAGCUGCCAGUGUCAUCACAUCUUUGUGUACAGUAUGUUACUGUUUGGACUGUAAAUCUGGUUACUUCCUUUAUACACAUGCAAACUCAUUACGGUGGUCAUCCCAGUAUGGUUUCAUGAGUAUUGAGCAGUUUUACUAGGCAGCCGUAAGGCAAAGUGCCUUUUGGCCAGAACUGCCCCAUUUAAAGAGAUGUAAAACCACAUACUCGGGUGAAAGUCUAGUCCUGGACAUGUGCGUGCUGAAUUGACUGAACUGUAGUACACACCGACGUUCUCUCAUAUACUGGUCAGUGCUUUCACUGUCGACAUGUAUGCAAUGUACAGUUCUAACUCAUCACCUGAUCACAAAUGUCCACUUGGAUACAUUGAGAUUAAUUCAGUAUUAAGGGAUUAAAUCCUGAAUCUGUGUGUGAGGCUGCUGGAGUCCGCUCCACUGGUCUUCCACAUUUCCCAUCCCUUCCUUCCCUGAAAGGGGGUGAUCCAGUUCCCUGUGAGUUAUGUCAUUUAGACCUUCUCUGGUGGUAGGAAGGCUUGCUUUCCAAAAAUGGCUGCAUUACUGAGGUUUUGUAUUUUGUUUAAUAAAUUGUUUAUUUUGCAUGGUGGUGCUGGGGGGGGGAUGAAAUGAACAUUUGUUUUGUGAUAUUUUUGUGGUUGUUUUUAAUCAUGGCAUGUAACUUAAAUCAAUAAAGUCAUAUUUUGGUGUGAACCCAGUAAUAAUGCAUCAACAAAAUUACAGAUGGUUCUCUGAGCAGAUUUGAAUUCCUACCUAAUCUAGGUUGAACAGAAAUGAUUUUUCCCUGGAUAUUUCUUUUUGAGACCUAAAAUGGGACUAAGAUUAUACAGGCAGAAUAUCUAAAUUCCUAAAAAUGUACAGCUGUCUGCCUGGUCCAGUCCCCUAUGUAGGGUGGCCAUAUAUUCAAUAAGACUUUCCUAAUAUUCCUGAAAUUUAAAGGGAAAAAUCCACUAAACGGCUCUGGCUCUGGUCAUUGAUUACAUUAAAAAGGACAAAAUGCAA